CUGUGCGACGAUCACUACGUGCAGCCGGACCCUCCGAGCACCGAGCAGGACUCCCGGUGCUCGGAGGGUACUAAUCCGGUGUGCAGCGCUGAGAGCAGCACGUCUUUAAAGCAGCUCGGAGACUCUCAGAGAGGAGCUGCAGGAUGUCGGUGACCGGAGGGAGAAUCCAGCAGGCCGGAGGAGCCUCUUCAGCAUCACACACAGAGAGAAAACAUGCCAGCAUGAACUCCCAGCCGAGGAAUGGCCAUGAGCAGCACGCUAACGGGUGUAACCACCAGGGCCCAAACCAGGAGCACAGAUCGCAGCGUGUCGAUGGAUCAAGGACGAAGGCGCUGCCCACUCCAAUCCCAGACCCCCCGAUUCUUUACACUAAGUUGUUCAUCAAUAACGACUGGCAUGAGUCAUGCAGCGGCAGGAAGAUUCCUGUGUAUAAUCCCACCACAGGGGAGCUGCUGUGUGAAGUGGAGGCGGCUGACUCAGAAGAUGUGGACGAGGCAGUGCGAAGCGCCAGGGCUGCCUUCCAGACGGGGUCACCAUGGCGAUCCAUGGACGCCUCAGAUCGAGGUCGUCUGCUAAACAGACUUGCUGACUUAGUGGAGAGAGAUCAGCUCCUACUGGCAACUCUAGAGGCCCUGGACUGUGGCAAAGUGUUUCUCAUGGCUUACUUUGUAGAUCUGAUGGCCACAAUCAAGACCUUGAGAUACUACGGUGGCUGGGCAGAUAAAAUUCAUGGCAAAACCAUCCCUGUUGAUGGAGAGUAUUUCACUUACACGCGUCAUGAGCCCAUUGGAGUAUGUGGCCAGAUUAUUCCUUGGAACUUCCCGGUGAUGAUGUUUGUGUGGAAGAUUGCCCCUGCUCUGUGCUGUGGGAACACUGUAGUCAUCAAACCUGCAGAACAGACCCCAUUAUCAGCUCUGUACAUGGCUGCGCUCAUCAAAGAGGCUGGGUUUCCUCCUGGUGUGGUGAACGUGGUGCCUGGUUAUGGUGAGACAGCAGGCUGUGCCAUUUCCCACCACAUGGACAUAGACAAAGUAGCCUUUACCGGAUCUACUGAUGUUGGGAAACUCAUCCAGAAGGCUGCAGGUGAAAGUAACUUGAAAAGAGUUACACUAGAACUGGGUGGAAAAAACCCAAAUAUAGUCUUUGCAGACUGUGAUUUAGAGUAUGCAGUGGAGCAGGCCCACAGUGGUCUCUUCUUUAACCAGGGCCAGUGCUGUCUGGCUGGAUCCAGGGUAUUUGUAGAGGAGCCAGUCUAUGAGGAGUUUGUCCGCCGCAGUGUAGAGAGAGCCAAAUCCAAAGUCCUGGGAAACCCACUCCUGCCAGGGGUGGACCAGGGACCACAGAUUGACCAGAAGCAGUUUGAUAAGAUAAUGAAGCUGAUAGAGAGCGGGAAGAGAGAGGGAGCCACGCUGGAAUGUGGUGGGUCCAUGUGGGGUCAGCAGGGACUUUUCAUUCAACCUACCGUCUUCUCAAAUGUCACAGAUGAUAUGCUCAUCGCCAAAGAAGAGAUUUUUGGUCCAGUGCAGCAGAUCAUGUGUUUCCACAGCAUCAGUGAAGUCAUCCAGAGAGCCAACGCCACACACUAUGGCCUGGCAGCAGGAGUGUUUACUAAUGACAUUAACAAAGCCCUCACAGUGUCGUCUGCUCUACAGGCUGGGGUGGUCUGGGUGAACUGCUACAAUGCCAUGAGUGCUCAGUGUCCGUUUGGUGGCUUCAAGAUGUCUGGGAAUGGACGGGAACUGGGGAAAUACGCUCUUCAGGAGUACACAGAGGUCAAAGCAGUCACCAUUAAAAUCUCACAGAAGAACUCAUAAAAAUGUUGGACUGACUCUUUACUGCCAGUUCAGAUCCACCCCGUAAAUUCAGAUCCUCCACAGGCAUUUUGAAGUAAUCAUAUGGUACCUGAAUGUUUAGGAGGCAUUGUUAUUUUUGUGGUGUUUCAUGAGCAUUUAUCCCUGUUUUCUACAUCUUCUCAAAGUUACAAUGUUACUGACUUUCAUUUAUCAGUAAUCUGACAUUUUCUAGAGUGGUGUCUCUUAUUUGUGUCAUAGUUUAGGAAGCCUGUUUUUGGUCAGACAUCACAACUUAAAAAGCACUUUGUCAGAAAUCUAUUGUUUUAUUGGGCAUCAUACAAAAAAUAGAAAGACAAUUUACAAAUUAUUUACAGGGAUUUCCAAAUGAAAUCAAUAAAAGUGUCCCGUAUCAAUAUCCAGUAAACCUUACACUCAUAUCAAUGUAGUAAACAGGAUCAAGCCCACUUCUUGCUAUAUAUAAGGAAAAUAAGUUACUGUGCGAUAGUUUUGUUUUUCUUGUUGUUGUACUAGUAAUACAGAUAAAAAUAGUUUUGUAAUUUCUGUGUGUUUAAAGAAAGCCCCACUGCGAUAAUUACAGACUUUUUCCAGUAAUACAUUUUUUAGCAUGUUUACUGUACUAAUCUGAAGCUUUUCAAAUAUGUAAUAAAUUUACUAUGAAUUAA